CUUUCUGUGACAGCUCUCAGGCUUUGCCAUCCCAGAUAACGGCAGGCAUGGGACUCCCCAGAGAAACGGGAUGGGAAGGCGGGAGGUGGAGAGAGGCUUCCAGGUGACUUUUUCCUCUCUGCCUGCACUCGGUCACGGAGCUCUAAGAAACUGAGGAGGUGCCACCUGCCUCCCGCUGUGGCUGCUGCCGCCGCCGCUCCUCUCCGGGCUGUAGCUCGCUCCCCCGUUAAUCAGAUUAGCGCGUCGUAGCAGCCUCCCUUACCCGCUCUUCCCUCGCAAGAGUCCGUCUCCCCUGAGAGAUGUCUCUCAAUUCUGCCUCUCUCUCCUCCCCUUUCCACUGAUCUCCGUGCAGUUCUCGUCAGCUCUGGGCAUCUCUCCCUCUCUCUUUCUCCCUUUCCUGCUGGGUGUCUCUACCUCCUCUUGGCUCCGUGCAUCGCUCCAUCCAUCCUCCCCCUCUCUCCGCACUGGUGUGUGCGCGCAUCUCUCUCCGCCCGGCGGCUGCCACCCCUCGCCCUACAAGCCCAGCGCUGCCCGGAGGAGCCGCCGCCGCCGCUGCCGGAGCGGGGCCGCCCCGCGCUGCCGCCGCCACCGCCGCCGCCUGGCCCUGCCUGGCCGCCGUGAGUCCCGCCUCAGCCCGCGCCCGUCCCCCGCCCGCCGCGGCACCAUGUCCGGCUCCGGCAGGAAAGACUUCGACGUGAAGCACAUCCUGCGCCUCCGCUGGAAACUGUUCAGCCACCCCUCGCCGGCGGGCGGCCCGGCGGGGGGAGGCUGCCUGCCGCCCGACAGCAGCUUCGAGCACUGGGGACCGAGCCAGAGCCGCCUGCUGAAGAGCCAGGAGAGAGGCAACGGCGUCUUCUGGAAGAAAUCCGCCUCCUCCGCCUCCUCCUCGGCGGCCACCACUGCCAGCCCGCCCAACGGGACGCUGCUGUCCGCCGGCGGCCGGCCGGCCGCGGGGCACGGCCCGGGACCGCCGCCGCCCCGCACCGUCUUCUACGUGGAGUCCCUGGAGGAGGAGGAGGAGGCGGUGCCCGGCGGGAUGGAGGUGGCCCGCGAGCCCGAGAAGCCCCUGGCGCCGCCGGAGCGGGAGGAGGCGCCGGGGGGCUGCGCCGAUGGAGGCAGCCGGGCAACAGGUGACGGAGGCGGGCACAGACUGUCAGGAGCCAGCCACCCCUUGCCACCCCACUGUGACAUGGAUUCCUGUAGCUCCGAGGAAUUCUACCAGGCUGUUCACCACGCAGAGCAAACCUUCAGGAAAAUGGAGAGCUACCUGAAGCAGCAGCAGCUCUGUGAUGUUAUCCUGAUUGCUGGAGAUCGCAAGAUACCUGCACACAGGCUUGUCCUCAGUUCUGUCUCUGACUACUUUGCUGCCAUGUUUACAAGUGAUGUUUGUGAAGCCAAGCAAGAAGAGAUCAAAAUGGAAGGCAUAGACCCCAAUGCGCUGUGGGACCUUGUUCAGUUUGCAUAUACAGGCUGUCUGGAAUUAAAAGAAGACACCAUUGAAAACCUUCUAGCAGCUGCCUGCCUUCUCCAGCUCCCCCAAGUAGUAGAGGUUUGCUGCCAUUUUCUAAUGAAGCUUUUGCACCCAUCCAACUGUUUGGGAAUACGAGCAUUUGCUGAUGCACAAGGGUGCACAGAGCUUAUGAAGGUGGCUCACAACUACACCAUGGAGAAUAUAAUGGAAGUUAUAAGAAAUCAAGAAUUUUUACUUCUUCCUGCUGAAGAACUCCAUAAACUUCUUGCCAGUGAUGAUGUAAAUGUUCCUGAUGAAGAAACCAUUUUCCAUGCCUUAAUGAUGUGGGUGAAAUAUGAUAUGCAGAGGCGAUGCAAUGACCUAAGUAUGCUGCUUGCUUAUAUCAGAUUACCACUCCUUCCACCUCAGAUAUUGGCUGACCUGGAAAACCAUGCACUUUUUAAGGAUGACCUGGAAUGCCAGAAGCUUAUUCUAGAAGCUAUGAAAUAUCAUCUUUUACCAGAAAGAAGAACUCUCAUGCAAAGUCCAAGAACUAAGCCUAGAAAAUCUACAGUUGGAACACUUUAUGCUGUUGGAGGAAUGGAUAACAACAAAGGAGCUACAACUAUUGAAAAGUAUGAUCUCAGAACAAACAUAUGGAUUCAGGCUGGAGUAAUGAAUGGCAGGAGGCUUCAGUUUGGUGUUGCUGUCAUCGAUGACAAGCUGUUUGUCAUUGGAGGCCGGGAUGGUUUAAAGACUUUAAACACUGUUGAAUGUUACAAUCCAAAGACCAAGGCUUGGACUGUGUUACCACCUAUGUCAACGCAUAGACAUGGCUUAGGAGUUACAGUGCUUGAAGGGCCUAUUUAUGCAGUGGGAGGACAUGAUGGUUGGAGUUAUUUGAACACAGUUGAGAGGUGGGACCCUCAAAGUCAGCAGUGGACAUUUGUGGCAAGUAUGUCAAUUGCCAGAAGCACUGUUGGAGUAGCAGCAUUAAAUGGCAAGUUAUAUUCUGUUGGAGGUCGGGAUGGAAGUUCAUGUUUGAGUUCAAUGGAAUAUUAUGAUCCUCACACAAAUAAAUGGAAUAUGUGUGCUCCUAUGUGUAAGAGAAGAGGAGGAGUAGGAGUGGCUACCUGUGAUGGCUUUCUUUAUGCAGUUGGAGGUCAUGAUGCUCCUGCUUCUAAUCACUGUUCUCGACUGCUGGACUACGUGGAAAGGUAUGACCCAAAAACUGAUACAUGGACAAUGGUGGCUCCACUGAGUAUGCCUCGAGAUGCUGUUGGUGUUUGUCUCCUUGGUGACAAAUUAUAUGCUGUAGGUGGCUAUGAUGGUCAAUCAUACCUGAACACUAUGGAAGCAUAUGACCCUCAAACUAAUGAGUGGACACAGAUGGCUUCCUUAAAUAUUGGAAGGGCUGGUGCCUGUGUUGUAGUCAUCAAACAACCAUGACUCUAUCAGCACUGCUUAGGAUUUUACUGACUGUGAAAUGAUUAUUUUUCUAUGAGACAAAGAGAAUGAUAACUUCACAAGAACAAAGAUCUACACAGUGAAUACACUGUUGAUCAAAGACUUGAAGUUUAGAAGUGACAAAGAUUAAGUAUUUAUGCCCUAUAAAAUCAUAAAACCGUUCACAGUCAGUGAACAAGAAAAAAGCCCCUGGAGUAUUGUAGGUGUAAAUAUGUGAAUGCAGAGUUCUCAUGAAUGUGUCCUGGAGAACUGGACAUUCAUGGGAAAUCUGCACAAAGAGUGGAAAGGAAUAUGAGUGGAUAAUAAUAAAAUUUUUUUUGCUGUUCAAGUAUUGUCUUCAAUUGGGUUAUGGUCUUCUCAUUUAAAUGAGCAGUUUGACUUUGUGAAAAGAAGAGGUCAAAUGGUCUGGAUAUUCAUAGUGACUGAGUUGAGACUCUAGAGCAGGAAGAAACACAAAACUAAAAGUAGACUUUUUUUUGUGGCUUCAGACUGUACCUCCUCACCUGUGUUAAUGCAUCUUAUAAAUGAGUCUAUUGAGAGGGAAGCCUGUGUGUUUAAUCAAGUAAUAUAAAACAAUCCUGUAGCUGCACUGGGGCUUUGUUGCAAGUAUGAUAGUCAAAGAAAGAGUCACCUAAUUCUUUCUUAAUCUUAUAUUCAAUUUAAGCGUGUGGGCUCUAACCUCAUUGUUUAAUGCAUCUACUGCAUGUUGGAAGCUCAUGACAAGCUGGAAAAUUGGUCCCCUUAUUUCGCUGCAUCAUUUUAAUGGAUGAACCGUGACAAGAACAGUCUAGAGAGACUCUUCUAACAUUUCAAGAGGAAAAAAAUCCUACAUUUUAUUUCUUUCUGAUGCUUGUACAUACACAAUUUGCCUACUUAGAGUUGCAAAUUUAUGACUUUCCACUUAUGACUGAGAAUAACUGCAAGUCAGGAAAUCAGAAUAAAUGCAAGUGGAAUAAGGAAAAUUAGACCAUUUGAUCUAAUAAAUUUCAUAUGGUAAAUAUACUAGUGUCGUCUGUGCUUCCCUUUAGGGUUGAUAAUUUCUGCCAGUAGUGAUAGUUUGAGCUUUUGAUUUGGCAGUAGAUUUGGUGCUGUUUUCUGUCUGCUCAGCUGAAUCUGUUAGAACCUAAGGCCACUACUGGAAUAUGAAAUUCUGCUAUUCAGGGAUGCACAGCUUCUGGGAACAGGGCACCAAAUAUACUUCUCUAAAGCCUUGCUGAUCCUAUAGGAAAUAUUUUAUGGCCCAAAAGCCAAAACUUCACAAUCCUCUCUCACUAGCAAUUUUGAGAAGGAAUUCUGGUUGCACUAAAUUGAGUUUUCUUUAUGGAAACCUCUGCAAUCGUUUGAGAUGAAAAAAUACAAAAUAUGAAAUAGAGCUUCCAUCUUGGGACAUUUGAUUUGAAGGUGUGUCUUCCCUUCUAACUGCAUCAGUAUGCAUGGAGGUCUUUGUUUACUGAUGUAAGUUGAACUGCAGUUCUGAAGCCUAUGUAUAUGGAUUUAAAUAUUUCUCUGUCCUAAUUUGGAAUCAGCUGAAAACACUUCAACAUUAAUUUUCCACAGCCAGUUGCCUUUUGAAUUGCAAUUAGUCUUUCACAGACAAACAUAUGAAUUUUUCUCCAACUACAACAAGCUGUUGAAUAAAAAAUGUUACUUUUCUAAAGAUUUUGCUUCACAUAAAUACAAGUUUUGGAGACCAAAUGAAGAAGAUUCUAGAAUUAUAACUGUAAUUAAAUACAGAUAUUGGAAUUCAGAACUCCUAUAGAGAUAGGUAAAGAACUUAGAAAUUCAAUUUUAAUUCUAUUCCCAGAACUUUCUUUUGAUUUCAUUAUAUGGAUAUAUAAUAGAAAUAUUAUUGCUCUACCUAUACACAGCUCUUCAAAGCUGG